CUCAGUUGGUCCAAUACGUUCAUUGCCUUCCUUGGGAAUAUAGUAGUCACUAUGAGGUUGACAUUGACUAUAAGGGAAGGUUUAAAAAACCAAUACACGUUGUAGGAGAUCACCCAACGAAACAGCAAUCCUUGCUUCACCAGGAAAAUAUUGCAUUUAGUACCCGAUGGAAAAGAAGCUGUAGAAUCAGAGGUAACAGAUUACAGUUACCAAUGUCAUUAUAAACGUCAGCGGAAGAGACCAUAGGUCGACUGUUGAGGGUCUUUUGAUACUGAAAAGAUCACGGGAAGUUAGAUUUUUUUUUCUGACUAAUUGGAAAAGUUCAAUUACUGUGGCUCCCAGUAAGUACUUAAACCUCAAUGAUCCUCUUGAGUCAUAGUCUAUUUGAUAGUAACCCAGAGUAUUAGUGAAAAUGUCAUUCCAGGAGAUUCCAGUACUUGACUUGAGGCUUUCCCAAGACCCUGAGACUAAACCCGAGUUCUUGCUGCAAUUGAGAAAUGCUUUGAUAAACGUUGGAUUUUUACUACUUACAAAUUACGAAGCAAUUGGUCCCAGUAAAGAAGAACUCGAGCUGAUCAAGAACCAGUCUUUUGAAUUUUUCAAGUUGCCACAAGAAGUGAAGGCAGAAUGUGAGAUGAUCCAUUCUCCACAUUUCUUGGGGUAUACUAGACUAGCCAAUGAAAUCACUGCCCUUCAUACCGACUGGAGGGAACAGAUUGACCUAGCCACCGAAUUGCCAGCUCCCGGAAAAGACGAACCAAUUUACAGAAACAUAGAAGGACCCAACUUAUGGCCCGAUGGGGAGUAUAUCCCCAAUUUCAAGCCUACGGUGUUGAAUCAUAUCACCAGAAUGACUAACUUAGCCACUGAAUUCAGAAGAUUGGUUUGUGAGUCAAUUGGACUACCAAAGGAUGCCAUGGAUAAUUACUUCAAAGAGAAUCAACAGUGCAAAAUGAAACUAAUUGCUUAUCCGGAUUUCCAUCAGCUUGAAAACAAGUCGGCAGUUUCUUUGGAUGAUACUCCCAACACUGCUGGCCAAGGUUGUGGACCUCAUCGUGAUUCAGACUUGUUGACCUAUAUAUAUCAAGCCACAGACCAUACGGACUCAUUACAAGUACAAAACUUUCAAGGAAAAUGGAUAACUGUUCCUAACAUUCCAAAUGCGUUGGUUGUUAACAACGGCCAAACUCUAGAAGCAAUUUCUAAAGGUGUAUGUAAAGCAACCAUCCACCGAGUUCUUAUACCCAAGGCAGGGUCUGGCACUCGUAUAUCGAUUCCAUUUUUCCAGACAAUUGAUCUCGACUCUUACAAAGUUUCCUUGAAAGAUAUUCCGCAAGAUGUCUUGGAUAUAAAAGACGAGCGGGACCGUAAAAUAGAAGAUUGGGCUGUUGACGUUGGAUUUCAAUACCAGCCAGAUGUUGAAAAACAUCCAGUUGGCUAUGCUGUUUUCAGAAAUCGUAUCAAAAGCCACCAGGACGUGAGUGCUAAGUGGUACCCUCAAAUCCUAAAAGAAGUUUUAGCAGAAUACUAAUCAUAUAUAUAUACUUUGUUGUAA